AUGGCCGCUGGACCCGGUCGCGAUGAUUAUCGCAGAGACCGGCGUUCCAGCAGUUUGGAGUACCACCGGAGUCAUCGUAGUCGUCGCAGCCGAAGUCGCUCGCCGUACCACCAUCGGUACAGAUCGGUGUCGCGUUCACCGGAAGGAAGCCGCUCUGGCCACCGGGACCGGGAAGCUGCGUACCGCAAACGCAUACGGGUUGACUCUCCGGAACCGAGUCGUUGCUUGGGCGUGUUCGGGUUGAGUGUUUACACCACGGAACCAUACCUGAUUGACAUUUUUUGUCCGUACGGUACGGUUGAAAAGGCAAAUGUGGUGUACGAUGCAAAAACGAGAUUGUCGCGCGGUUUCGGAUUCGUUUACUUUAAAACCGAAACUGAGGCUUCCGCCGCCAGGCUGAACUGCAACGGCUUGCAAAUACACGGUCGGCGUAUCAGGGUGGACUUUUCCAUCACCGAUCGGCCACACUCUCCCACACCGGGCGUGUACAUGGGACGCUGUGGAACGGGUUCGCCGCCAUCUAGGGAACACUCCCGAAUCGAAUCCCGUAAUGAGUAUCGCCGUUGCCAUGCAUAUUCACGAUCGCGCUCUUCAUCUAGAUGCCGCUAGCAAAGGCGGACCGAAAUGGAUACGAACUAAACCAUGCAGCCCUCUGAUAUGAUAGAAGCUGAUCCCAGCACAAAGCAACUCAUUGGUGACUGUGAUAUUCGUUGUUAAACGGAACGUAACCGCAUCAGCAUAAUGAUGAAAUCCAGAAGAUUCGUAC